AAUGAAGACCGCUCGCGCCGAACGCGUUAUAUUUACGCAUGUGCUAUCUCGCUCGCGCGCGCAUCUGUCUCGUUUCUUUUAGGUACUCACAGAGUCUUAUCAGAGCGUUCUGAGCGUUAGCACUACUUCGGCCCCUGUGAUUUUACACUUACGCUCGUUUUGUAUUUACAAAAUAUAUACUCUUCUACUUUACACCAUCAUCGCUGUUUUAUUUAAACAUUACCUGCACUGCUGCUACAAGCGAAUACAGCGUAGUCGCAUGACAAAUAACGCAUGGUGAAGUGUAGUUCCGGCAUUAGCAAGAGUUUACCUUGAAUACGGGGCUUUAAACUUUCAUUUUAUUUCAUUCAUAAGAGAAAUUAACAAUUAUCGUGCUACUGACUUGGAAUCUUGGCAAACAUCUAUGUGGUAUCGCGCAUUUAACAAUUACCUACACAUCGAGUUAGCUUCACAAUGGGUUCGGAGCAGUCGUCCGUUCCUCAAAAGAAGCAAACCCUGAGGGCUCCGCCAGUUCGCAGAGGGCACACGAUUGCUGUUCCAAGCAUUACAGAUCCUGGGAGAGCUAGUGAGCUGCCCGCCAGCGGUAAUAACUCACCAGGCACGAGCAUAUGUUCUGACUCAGAGCUUCCAUACAUAUCUUAUACUGUGGACCGCCCUAUUGGAGAUUCCCCGAAAGCUUCAGCUAAAGGCCAACGCAAUGAUAACAAGAAGUCGAUACUUCAGCGUCGCCAGUUGAGCUUGCAGCCGCGACGAGCGCGGCGGCCGCGAGACAUCGUCGUCGUUAAACAACCCGCAGACCAGAUGCUCGACGAAGAUAUACAGAGGUUACAGGAGAUUCCGACGUUCUUGCCUAUAAUGCGAGGGACUCUCGGCCUGCCCGGAGCCCGGGACCCUGAGGUACUUGAGGGUCUGGACUACCGGCCGUGGGUGCGGGUGACGAGUCGCCUGCAGGCGCACCUCGCGGCCUGCGCACAUCCGCUCGCAGGCAUACAGAUAGGACUCGCUGCCAAGAUUAAAGAGGCUGACGGUGAAGUGUCCCGCCUAUACGCUGCUAUGGUGGAGAAGCAGCGCGCUAACGCUCGCCACGCGGAACGUCUCGCGCGCGUUCACGAGCUGUCCCACCAACUGUCCCGAUGCAACUCGCUGCUACACCAGACUCUUAUCGACAUAGAAGAAUUAAACCUUUUACUGCCUGAGGAAAAACGCUUGGAACCAUUUGUAUGGAACACCGAAUGAUACUCAUAGCAUAAUCUAUAUUAUUUAUUAUAAUAGAUAUUUAUGGCGUUACUACAAACACUUAAACACCUGUUGAACACUGAUCUAAAAAUGUAGCUGUUAAACGGACCUUAUUUUAACGUCACAAUCAGAUUUUUUUAGAGAAGUGUUCAACAGGCGUUUAAAAGUUUUUGUGGUGCUAUAUGUCGUGCUUUCACGCUAAAAUUACUCAACCGAUUUAAAUGAAAUUUGGUGCUCAGCCUGUCUAAAAUGUCUUACGUCGUGGGAGAACUACAAAUCCGCGCACCUGGAUAAAAGGGAGCCUAUAGCCUUCCUCGAUAGAUGAGCUAUCUUAGGCCGUAUACGGAAAGAAAGCUGGAAGAAGCUGGAAACUUAUAAGCGCUUAUCGGCGCUUGACAGCGCUGGUAUAGUUAUCGACACGAGGAUUGUAUUGAAAUAUUAUACCUGCACUGAUCGGUACCUACCCGUACAGGUUUGUCUGUACCGGAAACCUGUUUCAUUAUGUAAGCACCCUAUGUCACGAGAACUGUAGUUCGAUAUAAGAAUUGUAUGCUUACGCUUAAAUCCAAUGAACUCGAUAUUGUAUAAAUGGUAUACAUUAUAAGGCUUAGAUCUCAAAGUAGCUUUGUGUAAAAAAAACUAGAUAGAAUUAUAAGUUUUUAUUAUUAUAAGUUACCUGUAUAGCAAAUGAUGUAUGAUUAAUUUGUUGUGUAGGUAAUACAAUAAUGAUUAUAUUCAGA